AACAUGGAGACGCGCGUUAUGGUUUAGAUUCUACCCGCUGAUUUUCUGAGUUGUUACUCGUUGCACCGAAAGAAAUCAGUCAUCGGGUGUAUUAAUGCUGAAGAGGUCGUUGUCAGCACUGGCACCCAGGUGCAUGUCUAUACAGAAAUGUACCCUAUUUAAAGUCAAAAUGCAGAGACGUACCGGUACCCUAAACGGUGGAUGAGUCCACAUUACGCAACCCAAAACCGAAACCGUAUGCAAGCCUAGUUCCCGUUCAACUGAUUGCGAGUGGAAUUGGGUGAACUCCAAGAUCCAUCAUGUACUCAAAGUGUCAGUUUGACUAUAGUGGCAGGGACAUAGAAGAGCAAGAUAGAAACCCUCAAGCGAGAGCUGUACAGAGCAGUAAUGUUGACACUCCAUCACAGUUCUCAUAUCCUAGCAGGACGAUGUCUAACAUUAACAGUACAGACAGAUAUAGACAGGGAUAUAUGUUAGGUUUCGAGAAGCUUCCAGCAACGCCUACUUUGAAUGCUUGGGGGCAUCCUGUAUCUCACAUGGCUUCAGGAGGAAGGAGAACAGAGGAAUUUGUUAAAGAUAAAGUUUAUGAUGAUAAUCAGAAACAGUUUGGUCAGACUACUGGAUUUGAUUUAAUGAACACCUCCGCAGCAGUUGGUCGGGGCAGGCCAGGCAGUAUGGGUGAAACGGCAAAUCAUGGAUUGAGGUCUUCCUUCAGGGAUGAGUCAUUUGGGUUAGAUCAAGGUCAAGAUUAUUUGAUUGGCCGAGGUAACAUGGAAACAGAUAGAACUAGAACAAGUAGUGGCAGGAAUGGGACCACUGGCCUUGGGAUGGAGAUGGAAAGUAACAGGUUGACUAAGGAGCUGAGUUGGAUGGGCCCUCCAGGCAUGAACACAAGCAACAGCAGAUUUGAUCUGGAAUCAAGACAAGAUUUGAUGAGAAAUUCUGGAAUGAAAACUCAUGAAAACAGAUUUGACAGGACAACUAGAGAUUUUGCUUCACAUUCUGGGCAAGAAACAGACAGAAGCAGAUAUGGCCAGGAAUCAAGAGGUUUUGCUCCAGCUUCUGAAUUGGAAAUUGACAGAAGCAGGGUCCUUGACAGCAGAAGUAACAUGUAUCCAAUGGUAGAACAAAGCAUGGUACUGAAUAAAGAUGGCAGAGGUAGGAUUAACAGUGAAAAUCAAAUUUAUCCCACAAGUCGAAUGAAGGAAGCUGACAGAAACAGAUUUGGGCAGGAGUCAAGAGGUUUUGCUCCAGCUUCUGAAUUGGAAAUUGACAGAAGCAGGGUCCGUGACAGCAGAAGUAACAUGUAUCCAACGGAAGAACAAAGCAUGGUAUUGAAUAAAGAUGGCAGAGGUAGGAUUAACAGCGAAAAUCAAAUUUAUCCCACAAAUAGAAUGAAGGAACCUGACAGAAACAGAUUUGGUCUGGAAUCAAGAGGUUUUGCUCCAGCUUCUGAAUUGGAAAUUGACAGAAGCAGAGUCCGUGACAGCAGAAGUAACAUGUAUCCAAUGGAAGAACAAAGCAUGGUAUUGAAUAAAGAUGGCAGAGGUAGGAUUAACAGCGAAAAUCAAAUUUAUCCCACAAAUGGAAUGAAGGAACCUGACAAAAACAGAUUUGGUCUGGAAUCAAGAGGUUUUGCUCCAGCUUCUGAAUUGGAAAUUGACAGAAGCAGGGUCCUUGACAGCAGAAGUAACAUGUAUCCAAUGGUAGAACAAAGCAUGGUAUUGAAUAAAGAUGGCAGAGGUAGGAUAAACAGUGAAAAUCAAAUUUAUCCCACAAAUCUAAUGCAGGAACCUGACAGAAACAGAUUUGGUCUGGAAUCAAGAGGUUUGGCUACAUAUUCUCGAUUGGAAAUUGACAGAAGCAGAAAUCUUGAAAAUAGAAGUAACACAUUGAUCCCGAUGGGGUCAGAAAGCAUGGCAUUGAAUAAUGAUGUCAGAGAUUUGCUAAACCGAGUAAAUCAAGGUUAUCCCUCAAAUCUAAUUUUGGGACCUGAAAGUGACAUAUUCAAUGUACAUGGUAUCAGAACCUCCAUUCUAAUGGAAACGGAAAGAGCGAGACAGAUUGGGAGUCAAAGUUAUUCUUCAAAUGUAAGGCUGGAGAGUGAAAGCGACAGAGUAAGUGAAGGCCUCAGACUUUCUCCAAGGAGAUCAAGAAGCAGUGAGAGAGUCAGCGACAGACAGAGAGAGAGAAAUACUGACAGUUCUGAUCGCAUUGCUACUGGAAGGAAUAUUUUUAAUGAAAGUAGUAGAUAUCCAAAGAAGGACAGAAGGAGUGAGAGCAACAAUUAUGGAAGGUCAUCUGGAAGACCAUUCUCGGAGACAAAACGCAACAGGUUUCAUGAAAAUAGUAGCACAUCGAGCCAAAUGAAACGAGGAUAUGAUAGGGAGAGUUCAAGGGAGAAGUCUAAACCAGACCAUACAAGUACUGACUCAAGGUGUAAACCGUACCAUAAGCAAAAUUUUGAGUCGGGAAGAGGGAAAUCAAAUGCAAAAAAGGCUGCAGAAAUCAACCCAAAUGAGAGAACAGCUGACACAAGAAAUGAAGGGAAAAAAAGAGUAAGUAGUAGGCAUGAUUCUGUCGAGGAGACGGAGACCAGCAAUUCAAACAAAAUGAGAAGGCUGGAGAGUCGACACACCACAAGUAAAACAGCCAGUGGCAGCAAGACUCAAAGUCAAAAUAAACCAAGUGAUGGUGCUGAGGAAGUGGAAAACCUUGACCUGUGUGGCAAGUUGAAGAAGCUGAUCAACCAUCUAAACGAUUCCAGGAGUGGAGACGAUAACCCUGCUGUUGAGUUGAACAAUGCGGUUGAUGCCUCAGCAUGUCAACUACACCAGGAAUACAAAGAAGAAUCAGUAGAAGUUCCAGAGGGAGUCCCAUUUUGUAAAGGAACUGUCACCCUUGAUGGCCUCCUAAUCGCUACUGUUACUGGGAAAGAACCCAAGCAAGUCAAGCGUAGGACAUAUGCCAAAGCAGUAGAUUUUCUCACGAAAAGUCCUAUGUCGGUUGUGAUUGGUGGUGCUGCUGAAGAUAAGUACAAUUACUUUCUUUCAGCACAUGAUGUCUUGACCCAAAAGCAUAUCAAAAUGCCAACUGCAGACACUCUACAGAAGCUUGAAAGGCUCAUCAGCCUGGUGAAGAAAAUACCAGAAGAAAGUGACGUUGUUGAUGAGCUAAUAAUGGCCUUCAAAAGAGCCAACUUGCUUCUAACGUGUAUCUUCAAGAGAUCAGACUUUCUUGAGUGUGAUCUUUACCUCAACUGCAUCUAUAUCUGCUCAGCUGAAGGGCCCAAUUGUGACAUGGCUGAAGUCAAUGCUUACACAGAAGCAUUUACUGUGCUUUCAAACUGUUCAGCAGACACCGUCUUCAAUGAAUUCAAAAGAGUGACUUCGGAAGAUGUGCAGGGAGUGUUUGAAGUUUGUGAGGUGUUUAAGGGCAAAAGGAACAAGAUAUUUUACAAUUCAAAUUUAAUAAAGAUCAGGGGCACAAGGAAUAGUAUAAUGUUUCCACCUGUACCGGACUACAGAGAGUUUCCAAGAGAUUGGCAGAACAUGAUUAUCAUAGAGCAGGACAAGUGGUCACCAAACCGCUUGAAAAGGGCAUAUGACAUCCUUUCUGAAUCUGCUGUAAAGAACUUCACAUCAUUGUAUCGGAAGUUUUGGUCUCCAUCAGACAUCUGCCGGUGUGAAUUGUUCCUGCAAGGUGAAAAGCUGGCAGAGGCGAGUGCCAAGAACAGUUUUCACGCGUCUGCAACAGCAGCCGCCAAAAUCCUCUACAAAUUGUAUCAGCAUCAACCCGUGAUCAAGUUCUUCAGUGAGACAGAUGAUUCCAAGUCCUGGCACACGUAUGAGUCAAUCAAACAAAAAGCAGAUAAGAUGAAGGCCGAGAGUGAGGACUCAGAUACAGAUGACAUCAUCUCCAUCAAUUACUCUUUUGGUUACCCAUAUUCAAAGAAAACUAUCCAGGAGGAACUCAUGGGGGUGGAUCAGGAGGAAGCAGAUAAGGAUGCCCCAUCGUCAGAUCGAGACAGGUUUGUGGGUGAUAGUGACACACCAUCGUCGACACUCCCAGUCAACAAAUGGGUGAAAAAAGUGGUAGAGCAGAUGAUUGAGGAUCAUGCCGAAACCGAAACUUUGGAGGAACUCAUUUUCGGACCUGGGUUUCCUUUGGGAGAUCAAAGGCAGAUCAAGAUAACUGCCAACAGCCAUGGUAUUUACAGCACUAACAAGAAAACUCGAGAUAAACGUAGCUUUGUCAUUGUUUAUCAGAAGCAUCCACCAGAGAAGAUGUUGAAAAUCCUGGAGGCAAAUGGAGGGAAAUGUGGAAAUUAUGUUAUUAUACCAAAGAAAAAUCUUCCAAGAUUAAGAGAUCUUCUGCCAGCCGAUAAAUUUGGAAUCAGCAUGGCCCUGAAACAAAGCCAUCGGACAUGAUUUUGUAAGGAACAGAUUAUCAAGUUUGGAUACCUCAUGUAUUUUAUGAUGAAUUCUGUGUGAGAAAAUAAACCUUACAGUCAUGACAUUAACAGUGAUGUGUAACAAGCAGCUGUGACUUCAACAGUUUGUUUUCUGGCAUGCCAACAGAAUAUUCUGACAUUAACAGUGAUGUGUAACAAGCAGCUGUGACUUCAACAGUUUGUUUUCUGGCAUGCCAGCAGAAUAUUCUGACAUUAACAGUGAUGUGUAACAAGCAGCUGUGACAUCAACAGUUUGUUUUCUAGCAUGCCAACAGAAUAUUCUGAAUUUAACAGUGAUGUGUAACAAGCAGCUGUGACAUCAACAGUUUCUUUUCUAGUAUGCCAACAGAAUAUUCUGACAUUAACAGUGAUGUGUAACAAGCAGCUGUGACAUCAACAGUUUGUUUUCUAGCAUGCCAACAGAAUAUUCUGACACAUUAACAGUGAUGUGUAACAAGCAGCUGUGACUUCAACAGUUUGUUUUCUAGCAUGCCAACAGAAUAUUCUAAGGCAACAUCAAAGAAUGUGUAUUUUCUUGAUUCAUGUUGCCUGUUGUAAAGAUUUUGGCAUGAAGAAUGGGGGAAGAUGACGAAAAAUGAAGCAAAACAUGCCUCAUUCGAAUGGGCAUCAUCCAUUUAUUCAUUGUAACAAUUUGUUUUUGGCUUAUUGCACAUAAGAGGUGAGGAGGGAUUCUUGAUACAUGUCAGCAAUUAUACAAAUUCACUAAGAGUAUUUUACCUUUAAAAUGGUCAUAAAUUGCAGUGUAUGAAAUAAGCCCCAGACCCAGCCAGACAUCAGGGCUGGUAACUUCAAAAUGUUACCAGCCCAAAAUGGAUUAAACCAGACCAAACAAUCUAAGGAAAAUAACUAAAUCUUUAGCUACGGUGAAUAAGUUGAUGAACCUGAGACAUGUAUUUACUGUCUAACAGUCUAUUCACAACAGUCAUUUUCAGAGAAAUCCGACAUGCAGUGCUUCGAGUUUAGGAACUCUGGGCAGCGAUAGGUGUCGGUGUUUUAGUGAUAUUAUAUGUCAAGGCAGCGCAUUGAGCUUGUGAUAUGAUAGUUCAAUGUUCAAACAGUAAUUGUCAAGUCUAAAUAUAAGGCUCAAUUUGAAAAAAUAGAUUUUAAGAUAUGGUGAGUUUACUCAGAUGUAUGGAACAUGUCAUCUGAAAUUUUUGCCAGACCAUUUGACUGGCUAGCUGUAGAUUUAGACAGUCAGAAAUCUAGCCCGUCUCGGACAGUCUGACAGGCCUUAUUUCAUAAAAUUUAAAUUGUUUAUGGAAUUACACUUGCGAGGACAGUGAAAAGUCAUCUAAUGUACACCUCAUAUUGACACUGAGCAUGUUUCAUGACACAGUCUGGGCAAAGGGGAAGAGGAAACUCACAACAAUGGGAUUUAAUAUGUGUAUAUGUUACAGUAAAUGUGCCAAAUCAGGAAAUGUGUAAAUUUCCUGGAAUAUUUAGGAAAUGUGUACAUUUCCUGAUUCACUCAGUAAAUGGCUGAGUGAUGGCUGCUGUUUUCCUGGAACUGCACAAAUUGUAGUCCACUCGGCCAGUCAGUGGUGUCAUUUUCCGCUAACCAGGCAACUAACAUAUCCUUGAUGUCACAGUUAAGACGUUCUACAGACCCCUGGCUUUGGGGAUGACAAGGCUUGGCAUUUACACAUUUCCUGAUUUGACACAUUUACUGUAACAUAUAUAAACAAUAUAGACACACACUAUGGUGCAAUAUAUGGAUACAGGGAUG